AUGGUCAUUGAGGACACUGCCAAGUUAAAGGGAAUUUUUUCUUUUUUAUUAUUGUUAGUGUGUUUGUUGUUUGGUUGUGUUAUUGAAGUUUCAGUAGGAACAACAUAUAUAGUUGGUGAUAGUCUUGGUUGGCAAACUCCUCCUAAUGGUGUUGUUACUUUUUCCAAUUGGGCUAAUCAACAUACUUUUGUUGUUGGGGACAUUCUAGAGUUCAAUUUCAACAGCGGAGUACACACAGCAACUAGAGUAAACAAAAAUGCAUUUGAUAGUUGCAAUGCUGCAAAUCCUAUAGAUAAUGAAACAAAUGGUCCAGCAAAAUUCACUCUUAAUACUACUGGGGAUUAUUAUUUCAUUUGUACUAUCCAUUGCAACCAAGGCCAAAAAUUAACGGUCAACGUCACGUUGACCGGAUCCCCGUCCGGAAGCCCUAUUCCCGGUUCAUCUCCGUCAACACCCGGUGGUGAGUCAUCGUCUCCUCCUCCUCCUCCGUCUCCAUCUGGAUCCGUGUCAACUAGGGUGGCUGCUUUAUUUGUCAUGUUAGUGCCCAUUGUGUUAGCACUAACACUUUUGGCUUAGUGUUUGAUAUCGGAAAAUAUUUGUUUUGAGUGUUUGAAGUUAGUUUUAUAAAUAAACAGUUAUGUGUGUGGUUUGAAGUAUUGAAUAUGAUAAUAAGCGGUUGAUGUGUUUGAUGAAAAAAUAUUUGAUAAAUUACUUAAUAAUAGUAUGUUG